GUGAAUGGUAAAAUUAAUUGCAAGUUUUUUGGUCGCUGUUUCAAACUGUGCGAAUUAAACACAAGAUGAAGAAUUUACUGGUGCCGCUUAGCGGCACCAAUGAUGAGCCGAGCAACAGUAACAACAAUAACAACAGCGGCAGCAACAAUAACAACAACAACUGCAACUUCCAUAAAGAUGCGCUGUUGGGCUUUGCUAUCGAGCUGCCCGAUGAGCAACUGGACAAUGCUGUGAUCCAGCUGCAGGCGGCAGCAGCUCAACAGCAGCAGAACACAAAUAAGAACAGCAGUAACAACAGUAUCAACAAAAACAACAGUACAAACAACAACAAUACUAAUAACAACAGUGCUGAUUAUCAUCAAUCUAUGCUACACUGUGAGCUCCCAGAUUGUUAUCAGUUUGACGGCGCUGCUGCUGCCUCCGAGCUGGUAAAUGUGGCCAACAAGAACUGUGACUCAUUGGCCAAAUUGGCAUAUAAUCUCUAUCGGCUUGCCAAAGACGAUCACAUUGUAAUCGAUCGCAAACGCAAUGAAGUGGUGCGCACCAAUGCGUUGACCAACCAGAAGACCAUCUAUCGCUGCAUGGACCCUGUGGGCAUGGGCAUGUGUUCAACCACAAAGGAACCACCGUUCUCCAAGGCGAGUCGACCACGCAAGCGAACAGCGACAACAGCAGCAGCAACCACGACGUCGAUGCAGGUAGCGAACAUUGCAGCGCCAAGUGGCGCCAUUAAGAAGACCAUGAAUGAGCCGAUGCCAGCUGCCGAUGCUGAUGAUUCAAUGCUGCGCACACGUUCCGGACGCAUUGUGCGCGCCGCAUUGCCGCAGUCAGCAACUCCAACGCCGUCUUCGGGUCAAAUGCUGGAGUUGCUUGUGGCCGAGCUGAGAGACAAAGACUAUUGUGCGCCGCCAGCAGUUGCAGCAACGCCAGCAGCAUCGCAGCCUGCUACGGCAGCAGUAGCAGAUGCAGAAGCAGUUGAGUUGCGUGAGCCACGUGCCGUGCCACAAAAUGCCAUUUGUCCGGGCUGCAGCAAGAUCUUCUUGGGACGUCGCUUGCAGCGGCAUUACGUCAAGUUCCCCGAGCAUAUGCCCAGUGCUAUUGCUGUGCGGCAACAGCAGCAGUUGCAGCAACAGGAGCAGCCACAAGCACAGCACCACCAGCAGCAGCAACCACAACACUUGCAGCAACAUCAACAGCAGCAACCACAAUUAACGUCCAGUGUGCCAACGUUAUUUGGCCUACUCACAGGGCAGCUACAACGCCACAGUCAUCUCAGCGAGGAGCAGCGUGCCGAUCUCUUUCUGCACGAAUUGAACGACUUUGUGGAGCAGUUGCAGCUGCGCAGCACACGCCUCAUACGCAACACGUCGGGACUGCACUUUGUGAACGCCCGCAUUGCCCGUGUCCUGGGCAUUCCCGAGGGUCAAUAUGCUCUCGAUAUGUCGGCCAUGGAAUCGGCGCAGGCGCCGACCCCAGAACCGGAGUUGCAGCAACUGUUGCACACCGGCGGUAGCGGUGGGGCAGGUGUGGCACGCAAUCUGGUCGAUUAUCCGGGUCUGAGCAUGUCGCUGGAUGACACGCUCACCGACGAGGCGGCGCAGCGUUUGAAUUUGUCCGCUGGCGGCAAAUUGUUGCCCCCAUCCGAGGAGAGUCUGUUGCGCAACGUUGGCGAUCUGAUGCAACCGCCGGUGGCAGUUGUGGUGGCACCUCCCACCGUGGGUCAUGUUGUGGCGGGUGCCAUGCUGCCGCACUACGAUCAUGCCAGCGAUAAUGCUGUCGAGGCGCUUAGCAUGAAGGAAACUCCGAAUGCCGCUAUUUUGGAUCUCAAUGUUGAUUUCUUUCAGUUCAACAACAAUUAGCUAAACUCUACACUUGUUUUUUACACUUUUACAUUUAGUAUUAAUAUAAUUGAUACACGCCAUGAAAAUGAAUGUACAAUUUUGAUCGUGAGAUGAAUAUAUACACACAUCUAGUUGAUAAGCAUGAAAUGCAUUUACAAUGAAAUCUAUAUUUU